GGUAUUUUUCAAAGUUCCCCCAACGGUCAUGCUUUGCAUAACAAUUCACAUUUUCUGAUUGAAUCCUUAUUUUGUACCAAAACUUGUAUUAGAUAUAAAAAAUAUUGAGAUGUCACUAUCACCAGCCAGUGGCAUUGGCCGCUUCUAUGCCAAGUCGGCCAAAAUCAUUCGAUUCGUUCGCCUGGGCUGCUCCAACCGGCCUUUUUAUCACAUUGUCGUCAUGGAGCGGCGUAAGAACCAGCACCAGCCUGUCAUCGAGCAGGUUGGCUCCUUUGACCCCCUGCCCAACGACUACAACGAAAGAUUGGUGGCCCUGAACACGGAGAGAAUCCGCUAUUGGCUUGGCAAGGGUGCCCACUUGUCCACGCCGGCCGCAGAACUCCUUGGUAUCGCCGGACUACUGCCCAUCCACCCGCGCACCUACAUGACCGCCUGGCGGAACCGAAGAGCAGCUGCCGAAGCGGAGGCUUCGUCAGAAAAGGCGGAAUCGACCGCUUAAUGAUAAAUGUUCCUCAAUAAAAGCCUCCUUUUCGUUUUUACGUUUAA